AUAAAGCAGAUAACUAAAAAGAUGGCAGCUUAUUCAAGGGGGAAAAUUGCAAAACAACGAAUAAGCCCUAAAAGAGAGGCAGAAUUUAUGUGUCGUUCUGGACUGGACUGUGAUGCAUUAAAAGUUGAAUUGAUCAACAGAAGAAUAGGAUAUGGGGUUUUUGCAACUCAAAAUUUUCUAAAAGGAAGCUUUUUGGUAGAAUAUGUUGGAGAGAGAAUUGUGCCCAAGGAAGCAGAAGAAAGAGAAAAGAAGCGCAAAAUAAAACAUACUAGUUAUAUGUUUUACUUUAAGUGGAAUGGUCUGAAGUGCAUUGAUGCAACUAACACUGAAAGAAAGGGGAAGUAUAUAAAGGACGAGGAAGUCGGAAGUCCGUUGAAUAACUGUGUUAUGCGCCUUUUGGUUACCGAGAAUUAUCCAAGGCUCUGCCUCUUUGCAAAUAGAGAUAUUAAAGCUGGAGAAGAGUUAAGAUAUGAUUAUGGGGAAGCCAACCUACCUUGGCGACAAAUUCACCUGAUGAUAAUCCAUUUGAUGAUAACCCAUUUGAUGUCAACCAGGACAGUGAGGAGAACAAUGAAGAAACUAUUGAUACUGAAACAGAGAGUGAAAAAGAAGUUGAUGAUGAUUCCAACACUGCAUCCCCUAUGGAAGUUCCAUAUAAAAGUAAAAAGCUAAGCACAGAGAGAUCAUCAUGCCCACCCCAUGCAAAACCUGAGGCUCAAGGACAAGCCAGUGUUCAACGUCACACAUAGACUGCUGUAGAAAGGCAUCCUUGGAGCGACAGUUUAACAACUUUAUCAAACCAGGGAAAACUCCUGGUCAGCUUGACUGUUUAAACGCCAUUAGGAAGGAAAAGGCAUUAUCAGGCUUCACUUGGCGCAAUGUGAAGUUUGCUGUCAAAAACAUAAUACCUCUCGUCUGAGAAGUUGCAGAAAAUGAAAUUCCAGGUGGUCGCAACGUUAAAUUUCUAUGUGUUAUAAUUAUGUUACCGUAAUGAAGUUCGAAUGCAUACUGUUUGUUCUGUAUUAUCAAUUUGUUAAUAACAUUAUGCCAGUAUCUAAAUUUAAUAUAGGGUGCAUGCAUUUGUGACAAAUGCUUAUUGGCUUAUACAAA